UUUACGUUUUCUGGCCAAAUACUCGUUGAUGAUACAAAAUGUAGGACGCCGAGAUCGUGGAGUCUAUCAAUGUUUGGUGCAAAAUCAAAAAUCCAGUGCUCAAGCCAUGGCCGAAUUGAAAUUGGGUGAUACUGUUCCUGAGUUGAUUUAUACGUUCAUCGAACAGAAUGUUCGCCCAGGUCCAUUAAUAUCGCUUAAGUGUUCAGCUAGCGGUUCACCGCCACCACAAUUCUCCUGGCUGUUGGACUCACAGCCUAUUAUGGAUAUUUCUCUGCAUCAUCGCUUUGCAAUUGGGCAAUUUGUCGAUAUGUCAGGCGAUGUGAUAAGUCAUUUGAAUAUCUCCCAUGUACGGCCGGAUGAUGGUGGACUUUAUAAAUGCAUAGCAGCCAAUACCAUGGGUAGUGUGGAGCAUUCGGCACGUCUUAAUGUCUAUG